CGUUUCAGCGCUCUGAAGUCGAAGAUGGCAGAGCAAGUUUCUCAGGGAAAGUCGGCGGACCAGGUGUGCUCUUUCCUCUUCAAAAAGCCCGUGCGGAAAGGGAGUGCAGGCCGCCGGAAACGGCCUGUGUGCGACCCGGACUCCGGGGAGAGCGGAAGUAGUAGCGACGAAGGCUGCUCGGUGGUGCGACCGGAGAAGAAGCGGGCCACCCACAAUCCAAUGAUCCAGAAGACGCGUGGCAGCGGUAAACAGAAGGCGACCUACUGUGAUGUGAGCAGCGGAGAGGAGGAGAAGACGGAGAAUGAGAGUCUGGGCGUAGUCUACAAGUCCACGCGCUCGGCGAAACCGGUGGGGCCCGAGGAUAUGGGGGCGACAGCUGUCUACGAGCUGGACACAGAAAAGGAGCGAGACGCACAGGCCAUCUUUGAGCGCAGCCAAAAAAUCCAGGAGGAGUUGAGAGGCAAGGAGGAUGACAAGAUCUAUCGUGGAAUUAAUAAUUAUCAGAAGUACAUGAAGCCGAAGGAUACGUCCAUGGGCAAUGCCUCCUCCGGCAUGGUGAGGAAGGGCCCCAUCCGAGCCCCCGAACAUUUACGUGCCACCGUGCGCUGGGAUUACCAGCCUGACAUCUGUAAGGACUACAAGGAAACUGGCUUCUGUGGCUUUGGAGACAGCUGCAAAUUCCUCCAUGACCGUUCAGAUUAUAAGCACGGGUGGCAGAUCGAACGUGAGCUUGAUGAGGGCCGUUACGGUGUGUAUGAAGACGAAAACUACGAAGUAGAAAGUGACGAUGAGGAAAUACCAUUCAAAUGUUUCAUCUGUCGCCAAACCUUCCGAAAUCCAGUUGUUACCAAGUGUAAGCAUUAUUUCUGCGAGACCUGUGCACUGCAGCAUUUCCGAACUACUCCACGCUGCUAUGUUUGUGAGCAGCAGACCCAUGGGGUCUUCAAUCCCGCAAAAGAAUUGAUUGCUAAACUGGAGAAGUAUAGCACAGCAGAGGGCGGUGCUUCCAACACCUCAGAAGACCCUGAUGGGGUCUGAUUGCCAUUACUCAGGUUUUCCAUAAUUGUCAGCUCUCAAAGUACUUUUUGUUUUGGCCACCUCAAAACCAACCAUAGAUGAAAGACUAUUAAGUUUUCUAGGAAGAAUAUCCAAGUUUUGUUUUAUAUAACAGUACUGCAGAUUGAAUCAACGCAGUUAAUUUAUGUAACAGACUACGCAUCCCGUGUAUAGCUAGCCAUACAUUCAAAUAAAUUGUGAACUAGUUCAUACUAUAAUGCCCUGAUGUGAGUUUUCUUUUUGAAAGAACAAUGUUGCCACCUAUUGGAGAAGUAGAUUUUAGACAUUUCAAAGAGGGCUAUUGAGGAACACUUAAAAUUCAAGGGCAAAGCUACUGCUGUACUGAAAAAAUAAAAAUAGGGCAGUUCUGUGGAAUCUCAAAUGUAGAAGAAA